GCGGCAGAGAGUUGAUAUAACUGACUGUAAUACUAACGAUGAAGAAAACGGAACAGGAAGUGGCGACACGAAGGAUUGUUGACAAAACCACCUAGCCUUUGCUAAGUGGUAUGGUAUUUCAUUGACAUUUUAGGAAAGCUUUCGGUCAUAAUGAGUUCUCCAGAGGACAGACAUGGGACAAAACGACCCGCGUCUCCAAGUGAAGAAGGGUCCACCCAGUGGUCAUCAGCUGAUCUGGGCAGUAACGAGAGGAAACAGAAGUUUUUGCGUUUGAUGGGUGCUGGCAAGAAAGAACACACUGGUCGCCUCGUCAUUGGGGACCACAAGUCGACAUCCCAUUUCCGCAGCGGGCAGGAAGAUAAAAAGAUGAACGAGCAGCUAGAGAUGCAGUACCACCAGGGUAUGGAUGGAAAGCUAUUGGGCCGGAACCGGAGACACUUUGGCCUGGGUUUCAGCGAGCCUGAGCCGUGUCCUCCCCCACCUGUGCAGCAUCAGACAGAAGCAGCCGACUCAAAGAAAUCCACCAGUGAAGAAGAACCCACAGACGCAGAGGACAAAGGCUGCGAUCCUAAACCAAAGGAACAGACCUCUGAACAGGCCAAGCCCAGUUCAGACAGUAGGAAUGACGAAAAGAAACACAACUACAAAAUGGCUUUUGUGAAGUCAGCAUAGGCGUGUGGGAGGAGUUAGUUUUUGUAAUCUCAAAUUUGUACAUUUUGAUGUUUGUGUAAUUAAAGGCGAUCACUCAUCAUUUCAGACCUUUUUACUGUGCAGAAGUUUGUGCUCUACAUCCUGGUGUGCAUGUUUUCAAAGAAUUAAGUCUGCAGGUGAAAACAUCAACUUUUGGUUGAGCUGUGUUGAAUAAUGUCGAGACGCCCAUCGGUCCAGUUUUUAUUUAGUUUGAGCAUUUUAACAGUCACUGCAUUUGCCACAAGUUGUGUUGGAAGAAACGGGGUUGCUUGUAAUUCAGCAUGAUUGGUAUACACAUUGUACAUCUUGGGAUUUCUUGUUUGAAAACCAAUAAAAGCAAGUGUCAGUUGCA